AUGGCGGCUCCAGGAACGUGGCUGGUGCUGGUGGUGGUCGCAGUUUCCGCCGCGAGCGCUGAGGUCGUCAGCUUCGGCCACUGCCCCGAGUACAGGGUGAAUGGCACAGUGCAGCCGAGGCGGUGUUCCGUGCAGACGGCAAUGGUGCACCCGUGCAAGGAGGCGAGCAGCCACAGGCCGUGCAAGGUGCGCCAGACCAAGUCGGCCGGCAUCUCCUUCACCUACACCACAGAGUCGGCGGCAGAGGAGCUGGUGAGCCAGGCGUUCUGGCACAGCCCGCACGGAGACCUGCCCUUCCUCGGGAUGGACACGCACGCCUGCCGGUACACGCACUGCCCCGCCGUGCCCGGCGCAAGGGGGAACUACACGUACAACCUCAACAUCAGCAGGGCCUACCCCACGCAAAAUUACAAACUGAUGCUUUGGAAGCAAGAUUUUGAGCUUAUAGAAGGCUAA